AAUACUCUUAUAAAGGGAUUUUGUAAGGCUAAGAGAGUAGACGAAGGUAUGGAACUCUUCCGCGAGAUGUCUCAAAGAGGAUUGGUUGGCAACACAGUCACUUACACCACUCUUAUCCAAGGGUUAUUUCAAGCUGGAGAUUGUGAUAUGGCUCAAGAAAUAUUCAAAGAGAUGGUAUCUGAUGGCGUGCCUCCCGAUAUCAUGACAUACAACAUUCUGUUAGAUGGACUCUGUAAAAAUGGGAAGCUAGAGAAAGCAUUGGUGGCAGGGAAGGUGGAAGAUGGGUGGGAUCUAUUUUGUAGCCUCAGCCUUAAAGGAGUGAAGCCUAAUGUUGUAACCUACACAACAAUGAUCUCAGGAUUCUGUAAGAAAGGUUUUAAGGAGGAAGCAUAUACCUUAUUCAGAAAAAUGAAAGAAGACGGGCCUCUUCCAGAUAGUGGUACUUAUAAUACGCUUAUUAGGGCGCAUCUUAGAGAUGGUGACAAAGCAGCAUCAGCUGAACUCAUCAAAGAAAUGAGGAGUUGCAGAUUUGCUGGAGAUGCUUCAACUUAUGGCUUGGUCACAGAUAUGUUGCAUGAUGGGAGAUUGGACAAAGGAUUUUUGGAAAUGCUAUCUUAA